AUGGCGGACACGGCGGGGGCUUCCACCGCGGCCGUGAGCAUUGGUAACUACAAGGGCGUCAUGCUCUGCAAUCGGCCGUUCAACGGAGUUUCGAGCACAGCGUUGACAAAGGAGACUCGCUACGGUGCCAAGCCAAACAACAACAAUGUGGUCGACAACAGCAAGGCGGCAUUUCUCGCAGGCAAUCCCGGGGAGCCUCUAGGACUUAACGUACCAAUUCACAGCGAGCCCGCGCACGCUAUCCGUCGAGACAAAAAGAACACAGCUAUGUCGAAGCAUAAGAAAUGGCUCCACGAUCUACAGAAGGAACGCACUCGACUACAAGAAGCUCUAGUAGAGGACGAAGAAGCUGCUCAAAGGCGACGAGAGCGAUUCUCGCAGAGAGAAGCCAAGAUGCGUGAAGCUGUGCGCAGUACAAGUAACAACAAUGACGAGGAGGAUCCAAACCCUGACGCCGGUCCUGCGGAGAAGAAGAAAAACUUGAAUCGUCCCAUGUGGGCACUAACGAAAGCAACUGCCGACGAGAAGCUUGAUUGCUUGGAGGACGCUGAAGCUAAUGAUCUCAUUGAGUUUGCGAACAACCUCAACAUUGAUCAGUUUAUGGACGACGUGGAGAUUAAGGCACGCGUCGCACAAGUCGAGCAGCAGCUAGCUCAAGUGCAGUCUAUUGUGGACUAUGAAGAGGCUGAAGAAAAGCGCUGCGAACGCGAACAGCAGCGACUUGAAGAGCUUGCCGACGGUGGCGGUGCUCUCAACGGGAACGACCUGUCUCGACUCGGAUGGGAUCGUGCAGACGCUAAAGACGGCGACGACGAUGCCAUGAGUGUGGCAAGUAGCGUGCUGUCUGAGUGCAAGUCGAUUCGGUCAGUGCACUCGGUUCGGUCAGUUGCAGCGAUCACGAAACGUGUUGAGGCCAAGCUUGGGGGCUCCACUCCGUCCGAAGCGGGCAGUACUUCACCUGCACCACGCAUUGUGACAAUCGACGAAGAGGAAGGUGUUCGGAUGCAGAUCAAGUGUCUUCCGAGUAAUUUACCCUAUAUCCAUAGGAACCCUGCUAUUUAG